CAACACGGAGCAAAAGCUCGAUGAAACGAUGCUCAGAACAACAAUGGCUGCUCUGUUUCACUUUCACCCCACCACAAUGACCACGGCCACGGCCACCGCCACGAUACACUCUAAUGGCGUCCUCUUUCGAUCCCUUCAUAAACCCCUUCGCUUUAUAAUUCGAAAAAACUACUCUCGAGUAGUCAGACCCAUCUUAUCCAUCAAUAUACCUCGUUCUCUAUCUUCUACAGCAGUUCCCGAAAUUUCGAACAACCCGAUUUUUUAUUUGGACCGUGAUUACCUAUCUUGCUCAAUGCCCAAUAGCAACCGCCCCCUCAAAGUGGCUGUUCUUCUCAGCGGCGGCGUUGAUAGCAGUGUCGCACUUCGCCUCCUCCACGCAGCCGGACACUCCUGCACUGCUUUCUACCUUAAAAUCUGGUUCCAAGAAGAUUUCGAAAAUUUUUGGUCCGAAUGCCCCUGGGAAGAGGAUUUGAAAUAUGCUAAAGCUGUUUGCAAUCAGGUUGACGUACCACUGGAAGUUGUACACUUGACAGAUGAAUAUUGGGAUAAAGUGGUAUCUUACCUUAUUGACGAGUAUAAGUGUGGCCGUACUCCUAACCCUGAUGUUCUCUGCAAUACGAGAAUCAAGUUUGGUGCUUUCAUGGACGCCAUCAGUAACAUGGAUUUUGAUUUUGUUGCUUCUGGACAUUAUGCAAAGGUGGUUCAUGCCGAUUCAGACAAAACCAAUGGGAUUUCAUUUCUGCAACUCUCAAAGGAUAUGGUCAAAGAUCAGACCUACUUUCUUUCAUAUCUCUCGCAGGCUCAGCUUAAAAGACUUGUGCUUCCCCUUGGAUGUAUUCCAAAGAAUGACGUGCGCAAGCUCGCCAGAAAAUUUGAUUUGCCCAACCAGGAUAGAAAGGAUUCACAGGGAAUAUGCUUCCUUGGGAAGUUGAAGUUCAGUGAAUUUGUGGGAAGACAUAUUGGCGAAAGAGAAGGCAUAAUAUUGGAAGCUGAAACAGGGGAUUUUCUAGGAGCCCAUAGGGGCUUUUGGUUUUACACGAUUGGUCAACGUCAAGGUUUGGGUCUUGCGGGAGGACCAUGGUAUGUUGUUGAGAAAGAUGUAAAAAAUAAUGUGGUUUUCGUAUCAAGAAACUAUUAUUCCGUUGACAAAAGAAGGCGUUCAUUCCAUGUUGGAUCCUUUAGAUGGAUCAGUGGAUCUCCUCCACAAAACUUGAAUCAAUUGAGAUGCAAGGUCCGUCAUGGUCCUGAUUUCUACGACUGCACUUUGCAUAUGGAAGUUGCUGAAAACAGAAGUGAAAGUAUUGGCACUGUCCAAUUACCCAAAGAUGAUCAGGGUCUAGCAGCCGGCCAAUUUGCAGCAUUCUACGAAGAACAGGUUUGUGUGGGGUCAGGUGUGAUCUUAGAGUCGUGGGACGAUAAGGGGUUUCCUGUUUGUGACAAGGCUCGUGAGAUUGCGAAAAUGGAAGAUAAAUCUAAGCUCGGGAAACCCGUCAAGAUCAUGCCAAAACCUGAAGAUGUUAGAAAAAUUCCAGACCGAAGAUGUAAGCUUUUAGAUUAGAUCUAAAUUAUAUAUUGAAUAGUAACAAAUCAAUAUGCAUUUCUGAGAUGUAUGAGGUGGCAGGUGGGAUGUAUCCUUCUCAAAGUUUUGGUGUAUAUGUAUAAACUGUAUGUAAUCAGAUUUUGGUUUCAAGAAUGUAGAGGAGUUCC